UAAUAAAAUUUAAAGUCACUGAUUGAACUAUCAACAUUUUAAAACGGUUUGGCUUUAUAUUUUUAUUUGAGGGUAGUGACGAAUGCCGUUGGGCCUGUAACUGGCUAUGCUUAUAAGUUUAUACGUAUGUAUGAAAUGUAAAUAGUAUAAAUUGUGGAUCUGCGGUCAAGAAGAUCUUUUUCACCGCAAGCGGCUAGCGAGAUAGAGGGUAAAAUUAAUUAUUAAUCGUAGUGUCGGAUAUUACAUUAUCUCGAAAUGGACUCUGUAUCGGUUACUUUUAAUAACACCGAAGAGCAGAAACCAAUUUUUACACAUGCAGGCGAUCCACAUGUGACUACAACUACCGAUAGCUUUGGAUUUGCGGAUAUGUCGAGCUCUGGCAAUAACCACGAUGGUAUUUUGUCGUCCAUGACGCCGAUGAUGCACGGACUUAGAGGCAAUGAACUAUUAAACAUGCUCGCCCAACAAGAGCCGAAGGCAGCCGAUUCAGCUCCGGCCGGCGCUGACAUGGAUAUGUUUACAAAUAUCCGUUUAAAUGGGACUGAAGUUCACAAUGAUGACACUAGCCUAAACGGUAAUUAUUUCUCAGGAUACAAUGCUUCUGAAUCGUCGGGGUCUAGCCCUUGGCCAGAUACGAAUACGCAAAAUUCCAAAAGCAAUGAAAUGAUCGAUUGUUUCGACUUUCUCGCAAAAAGUAUAUCGUCGGCGAACCAAUACUUAUCGAGUUUAACUCGUGAUCAGCUGUCGGUCCUGCGAUCCAUUCGCCCAAGCUUGCUGCAUGAGUUCUUGCAAGAAGUCGCGAAGGCUCGCAGUGAUAGACGAAUGCGUCGUGCUUUUCCAAACGAAUGCGCCUUCUGCAAAAACAAUGGUGAAAAUGAGGAGUGCUAUUCGUCUCACGCUCUGAAGGACUGGCGUGGCCGCGUACUGUGCCCUGUGCUGAGCGCAUUUCGCUGUCCGCGAUGCGGUGCCACUGGCGACCGCGCACAUACUAUUAAGUACUGCCCGGAGGGAGCCGGAGUAACAGCUGGUCUAGCAUCGCGUCGCCGCAUGCAACCUUCCUCACUUCCGAUGAGCAGCUCGGAAGUCCUAUCGAUUCGCCCUCAAAUGUCAGAACCAGGGACUCCCGCAAUUUCUUCGCCAGGGUCCACUUCUGUCAACUCUGCUCUCCCUUCUCUGACAUCUUUGUGGGCCAACUUCGGUCUUAAUUAAACUUAAAUAGUCUACUGCUAUGCUAUUGCCCCAUUAGUGGCUUCCUAACAGUACCUAUAGUAUAACACAUUCCGAGCCUUAUUUGAGGAGUUUAUUAUUUGCGAAUGUAGUUAUCUGUUAAAAAUAUUUUGUUAGUAUUUUCUAUCAAGAAAACUGCAUUCUUAAAUCUAGGUUCGUUUAUUUUUCUACUUCAUAAGUAGAACGGUAAACUAAAAGUAUGCAGGUCGUACUUCGGUGCAACUUUUCUUAAGCCUUGGAUUUAUCUAAAAUGGUAACUCUGUCGUUUUUCAUUGGUUAAAAAUAUAAGUGCUAAGUGUUUUCUUAAUACCUAUCUAAAGUUAAUUCAAAUUAUCGAUAUUACAAUUAAAUGUUUCAUAAUCACUAUUUGAAUGUUCACAA